GAAGAAAAAAGUGCCCCGCUGCCAACCAGAAGCUUCACAAGCUUCCCACCUCCCACCGUUUCCUACCCAAAAGCCGAUUCCGAGUCAAGGUCGUCUUCUAAAAGACAGACCGACACAAACAACCAUAAAAUGGGAAGGUUGAGGAAGAAGGGUCAGGCCGGUGCGGCCAAGAACUACAUCACGCGCACCCAGGCCGUGAAGAAGCUUCAGAUCAGUUUGCCGGAUUUCCGCAAGCUCUGUAUCUGGAAGGGCAUCUAUCCCCGCGAGCCUCGCAACCGGAAGAAGGCGAACAAGUCGGCCACCUCUACGACCACAUUCUAUUACACCAAGGACAUUCAGUAUCUGCUCCAUGAGCCUCUCAUCCAAAAGUUCCGCGAGCAGAAGGCGUUAGAGAAGAAGAUCUCGCGCGCCCUUGGUCGUGGCGACGUCGGCAAUGCGAAGAGGUUGGAGAGUAACGCGACGCGGCCCGAGACGACGGGAAAGCCUACAUACACCCUCGACCAUGUCAUCCGCGAGCGGUAUCCGACCUUCAACGACGCGCUGCGGGAUCUCGACGACUGCUUGUCCAUGCUGUUCCUGUUCGCCAACCUCCCCUCGACCUCGACCGUCCCCGCCAGCAUGAUUGCCCGGUGCGAGCGCCUCUGCCUCGAGUUCCAGCACUACCUCAUCGUUUCCAAGAGCCUGACCAAGUCGUUCCUGUCCAUCAAGGGCAUCUACUACCAGGCGAACAUCCAAGGCGAGGACGUCCUGUGGCUGGUGCCCUACAAGUUCAACCAGAGGAUCGUCGGCGACAUCGAUUUCCGGAUCAUGGGCACCUUUGUGGAGUUUUACAUGACGCUGCUCGGCUUUGUCAACUUUAGGCUGUACACCUCCGUCGGCCUCAAGUACCCCCCCAAGUUCGACCAGGCCAAAGACGAGCAGUCGGCCGAGCUGAACGCCUUCACGCUCGAGGGCCAGAACCUCGUGAGCAACGGCGAGGACGGACAGGAGCAGCUGACGAACGGCGAGGCGGAGCACCAGGUUGACCCCGAGACCCAAGCCGCCGUGGAUAAGGUCGUCCAGAAGCUGAAGGGUGCGGAGGAUGAGCCAUCGGCGGCGGCGGCAGAGAACGGCGCCGAAGCCGAAGCCGACGGCGAAGCGCCGAGCCACGCAAUUGACAAGUUCGAGCCCGCAGCGCCCGGCGGCGACGUCCUGACACAACUGGACUACUCCGGAUCGGAUGCCGCCAAUCUCUUCGCCAACUGCACUUUCUUCCUGUCCCGCGAAACCCCGCGGCAUCCCCUGGAGUUCCUCCUUCGUUCGUUCGGAUGCAAGCGGAUCGGCUGGGACGCCGUGCUGGGCGAGGGCGCGUUCACGACGGACGAGCGCGACCCGUCCAUCACGCACCAGGUCGUGGAUCGUCCCGUCGUGCAGACUACGGCGGAAGGAGAGGGCGAGGGCGAGGGCGAGGGCGAGGGCGAGAGCAAGGGCGCCCAAGAUAACCAGACUUCGCAGAAGCUGGGGCCGAACCAGCGGAUACCCGGGAGGAUAUACGUGCAGCCGCAGUGGGUCUGGGAUAGCGUCAACGACGGGGAACUGAAGCGGCCUGACCUGUACGCGCCCGGCGCGCAGCUGCCGCCGCACUUGAGUCCUUUCGUCCAGCCGGUGCAGGGUCAGUACGACCCGACGGUGCCGUUGGAGGAGCAAGAGACGGAAGGGGAGGCCCUCGCGGAGAGCGACGAAGAGAUGGAAGAUGCGAACGGCGGGGCGGAGGCGGCCGACAUGGACGUCGCCGGCUCGGACGCCGAGGAGGACGAGGAAGAUGAGGACGAAGAAGACGACUCGUUUGGCGGCUUCGACGAAGACGAGAAGAAGGAGGGUGAACAGGGCGAGGAGGUCGGUUCGGACGACGACGACGAGGCGGCGCAGCGCCAGAUCGAACUGGAGGCGGAGCUCACCGGCCGGCCGAUGAAAGAGAAGCCGAACAAGGCCAAGUCGAAGAAGGAGGAGGCGAGAAAGGCGCUGGCGAAGAAGGCGGCCGAGGAGGCCGAGGAGCACGAGCGGGCCAAGGGCAUGUUGUCCAAGAAGAAGCGCAAGCUGUACGAGCAGAUGAUCUACAGCAACAACAAGAAGAGCGCCGAGGCGGAGAAGCUGCGGGAGAAGAGGAGACGGAUCGAGAAGCAGGCGGCGAAGACGAAGGGCAAGGUGUGAUGUGAUGAUGGAUGAUGAGAAAAAGAAGGGGGGGUGGAGGGUUGUUUACGAGUAAACUGGGCUCUUUUGUAGAUAAUUUUCUUCAAUCAAGG